UUGGCCGUUGGACUUAGUCUUGGUGCCCUCGCUGAGCUUACCAAAAGAAACCUCGGAUUAAGCGACAACAAAGGGGACGACAGAAAUCCAUUCUUGAGCGAAUCGAAUGUCGAACGAAUCGUUAACACGCUUUGUCGAGUGCGGGGCGCUGCCCUCAAACUUGGCCAAAUGCUUAGCAUUCAGGAAGUGGCCCAAGAUUACAAGAGUUUCUCUCCUGAUGAAGUCCAUCACUUUGUUCUCAAUAAGGCCAUGAAACUAUCAAAACUACUUGGAGGAGAUGGCUUCGACGAUAUAACUCCUGAAGAAGUUAAUGACCUGAUAGAUGCCCACUCACAACCGCUGACGGACGAAGAUCUGACGGAAAUGACAAGGUCAGCAAGCGAGGAAGAGGAACAAGAGGAACUAGGGGUUGAAGAAGAGGAGGUUGACCCAACACUCGAUUGUUUCGUAACCAUAAUUAGAAUGGCCAAAGAACUUCAGCGAGUGGCUCAAGAAUGGGACCCCAAGAUUCUUCGCUCAUUGCAGUUUUCAAAUACAAUCGAGGUUGGCAUGUCGGUUUGUAAAAACCUUCUCGUCCAGAAAAAGCAGCCUCAGCAACUCUCCAUAACUGUGUUCCUCAUUCGGAAGAAUAUACCAGUUGCGCCGACAUCUUUAGAGAAAGCAAGCUACUGA